GUAUAUCAAUCAAUACCUUUGAACUAGAGACUUAACACUAUAGUUUAGGUUUAGUUUGUUAGCUUUUUUUUUAUUUUCAUUUAUAUAGAUAGUGUAAAAGAAAAUACCUACAAUAAGUAAAAUGUUUGCUAAAAGUAAUUUUAAAAUGUUUGUUUUGUUGGGUGUUUUUAAUGUGAUUCUACAAAUAUCGGCGAUGCCAGAAUAUCAUUUUCAUAAUCAUGAUCAUAGUUAUGGUCAUCAUCAUCAUGAUUUUCACAAUCAUGAUUCUACAGGAGAAGAUACGUUGGUGUUAAGUCACGUGUUAUUUCGCCAUGGAGAUAGGACUCCAGACAGUUUCCAAGAGCUAUAUCCAAACGAUCCAUAUUUGAACGAAACCUACUAUCCAUAUGGAUUAGGACAACUAACAAACGCUGGAAGAGUGAAAGAAUACAACAUCGGAGUAUCCCUUCGUACCAGAUACAGUUCCUUCCUCUCCGACGUCUUCCUUACAGGAGAAGUCGAAGCUACAACCACCGAUUACAACAGAACCAAAGCCUCCCUGCUUUUGGUACUUGCAGGACUAUAUCCACCACCACCAGAGCAAACGUGGGACCAGCAACUUCCCUGGCAACCCAUACCCUACAACUAUGUUUCGAGAAGUCAAGACACUCUAAUGAUGGGAGUAACCUGUCCAAAUUACUUGACUUUGUACGAGCAGUACUCCAACACACUACCCAUGAGAAAUUUGUUCAAGAAAUACAGAAAAGUUUUCAGUUACAUCUCGCAGCACAGUGGCUUGAACGUUACCCGUUUCCAGGAUGUUUAUAACCUCUAUUUUGGAUUAUCUACCGAACAAGAAAAUAAUCUAGAACUGCCUGCAUGGACUAAAAAAGUCUGGCCUCAACAAAUUAUUGAUAUAGCAUCAAGGGAAUACCGCGUGUCUAUGGGUACAGAUGAUUUGAAGAGAAUUGCUGCUGGGUAUCUUUUAAAGAAGAUUAUUGAUGAUACAACGAAGAAAAUCAAUGGGAUUGAGGAUAGUAAAAAGAUUUACUUGUACUCGGCUCACGAGAACAAUGUUGCUGAGUUGCUGAUAAUUUUAGAUGUUUUUGAGAGGCACAUUCCCAAGUAUGGAGCUCACGUGAUGGUAGAGGUUCACAAAAUCGAAGGAGUUUAUGGAUUUAAGAUAUUUUACCAAAAUUACGAUUUCGAUGAACCUGUACUUUUGAAAAUACCAUCCUGUGAAGAGUUCUGUCCAUUCGAAGAAUUUCUUCGACUUUUCACUAAAUAUCUUCCAAGAAAUGAUCUCUGUGGGAAUUAAUAUAUUUCCCAAAAAUUAUUAUGUUCCUAUGCUUAUCUCAGAGCUCAUAGAAACUCAUACUCAUGCUUUUCAUGUCAUUUCGUUCUCAAAAAUAGUGAUAUAUACAAUUUAACAUUAAUACCAUUAUUUGUAAAUAUUAAUUUAUUUAUUUUUGUACAGUAGAUUUAACU